UCCGCUCCCCACAGCUGCUCGCUGUUGCUGGCGGCUGUGAGCUCUGAGCUUAGCGGAGGCUGCUGGCUAAAAUAACGCUAGAUGUGUUUUACUGCACAGCAUAUCGCUUAAGCGCUACAGAUUCCUUAUAUUCUGACGGCCACAUUCCCCCUGGAUAUGGGUGACAAGGCAGGCACCCGGGUAUUCAAGAAAUCCAGUCCAAAUUGCAAGAUUACAGUAUACCUGGGGAAAAGAGAUUUUGUGGAUCAUUUAGAUCAGGUGGACCCUGUUGAUGGAGUCAUCCUAGUAGAUCCUGAAUAUCUUAAAGAUAGAAAAGUGUUCGUGACACUAACCUGUGCCUUCCGUUAUGGCCGUGAGGACCUGGAUGUUCUUGGGCUUUCUUUUCGGAAAGAUCUUUACAUAUCAACGUUUCAAGCUUUUCCACCCAUACCAGAAGAGCGCAAGCCCAGCAGUCGCCUGCAGGAGAGACUUUUGAAGAAACUGGGCCAGCAUGCUCAUCCUUUUCAUUUUACUAUCCCUCAAAACUUGCCAUGUUCAGUUACCUUGCAACCUGGUCCUGAGGACACUGGAAAGGCCUGUGGUGUAGAUUAUGAGAUCAGAGCUUUCUGUGCCAGGUCAGUUGAGGAGAAGAUUCACAAACGAAAUUCUGUUCGAUUAGUGAUUCGGAAAGUCCAGUAUGCUCCUGAGAAACCUGGUCCUCAGCCUAUGGUUGAGACAACACGGAGCUUUUUAAUGUCUGAUCGCUCUCUGCAUCUAGAGGCCUCCCUAGAUAAAGAGCUGUAUUACCAUGGAGAACCCAUCAGUGUGAAUGUCCAUGUGACCAACAAUUCAACCAAGACUGUCAAAAGAGUCAAAAUAUCAGUGCGGCAGUAUGCUGAUAUCUGUCUGUUCAGCACAGCACAGUACAAAUGUCCGGUGGCUCAGCUUGAGGCAGAUGACCAGGUAUCGUCCAGCUCUACGUUCUGUAAGGUGUACACCCUCACGCCCACACUGAACAAUAACAGGGAGAAAAGAGGGCUCGCACUGGAUGGCAAACUCAAACAUGAAGACACCAACCUGGCCUCCAGCACCAUUGUUAAGGAUGGAUGUAACAAGGAGGUUCUCGGAGUUCUGGUGUCGUAUCGAGUCAAAGUCAAACUGGUCGUCUCCCGCGGAGGGCUUUUAAGCAGCUUGCUGGAGAGAGACGUCUCGGUUGAGCUGCCCUUCGUCUUAAUGCAUCCCAAACCCGUAGACCUCUCCAGCUCUCGACCAGCCUCAGCUGUACCAGAGGCAGACCCACCUAUUGACACCAACCUCAUAGAGUUUGACACAAAUAGCUUCACCCAGGAUGAUGACCUGGUGUUCGAAGACUUUGCCCGUUUGAGGUUAAAAGGAAACACUGAUGAUAAGGAUGAGGACUGCUGAGGCUUCCCCUUUCCACUCGACCUAGAAACUCACAGCAUCACAAAGACCACCAACUAAUCCACUCAAACGAACAGUCUCUCAUAAUGAAACUUUUUCUUAGGCUUCAUGACAUCCUUUUGGUGAAGCAGUAUUUUGCCAAUACUUGACUGAAUUGUUCAAAGGAAAAGAGGACUUUUAGAGACCAUUUUCUACAGUUUAAUGAUGGGAUGAAAAUCUGAGGAAAGGUGCUAAAUCAAGGAGUUUUGAACACAGGAGAAAAAAAAAACAACACAGAGAAUUCAUCCUAUCAUAAGCAGAUUGUGAGCUUACGUGCUGCGUGUGCCAACCUUUAGUGGAUAAAAGCAGGAAAGAGAUUUGGAAAGAUAAUCCAAAUUGAAAGAACCUAUGCUAUUUUGUUGUUCUGUGUGAUCUUCUAGAGUUGAUUUUGAAAUGCCUUUUUAAGCUUAAUUUUCAUGUCUGUUAGUAACAUUUAGUGAUCACCAAUUACAACUGAAAUGUGCUGAACAACUGACCAUAUUGGGCAUCCCAGGCAGAAUAUGGUUUCGCAAACCUCAUCGCCCUUCAUAACGUUUUACAAAGAAAGCCUUUGUAAGCAAUUACGCAUGGUUGAAUACUAAUAUGACUUCUGUUUGUGUUAUGGCAUACUGUAUCCAACACUCAGGUAUACAGGCUCCUUCAUUUUUCAUUCGUUCAUAUCACUGCUGACAUGGCGUGUGCUAUAGUGGUGCUGUAAAGACCGUUGACGGCUGUGUGUGCGUUUGAAGGGUGUUUUUACAUUGCCAUUCAGCACCCUCUUGUGUAAAUAAAAAUGCUGCUUUUGGUGAAAACGAAAACUUCUGCCAGAUGACUAGAGAUUAAUGUCUCGGAUUAAAAAAAUAAAUAUAGUCUCCAUGUUAAUACAAGUUUAAUA